UCCUUUUGCCUUGACGUUGGCGUCGUGCGACUUCUUUGUCUGACAUAUCGCACACCACUCGAGAGAAUUUCUCUCAAAAAAAUAAAUUUCAAAUACGUAAAAACGAAAAAUGGGCGAAAAAAGCCCCAGUGAACAGUUAGAAGAAGGUGAAAUAGUUGACGAUGAUGAUUUGGAAGCCAUAUCAGAUAAUUCCAUCAUUGAUUCAACUUUUGGUAAGUUUGCUUCAACUAACGAACAUUUACGUGCACUCCCUUUAAGUAGCGAUAGUGAUUCAGACAAGAUAAAAACUAAAAAGCUACUGCACCGUAAAUCAAAAUUAAAACACCACAAAAGACGCAAAAAACGCCGAUUACCGUCUGACAGUUCAGACAGCGAUGUGUCUCCUUCCCGGGAUCUCAAGGGCAAAUUAAAAGAAGCAAUCCACAUCAGUGGAAGCGAUGAGGGGCUCAAAAACCCCCUCGAGACGAGACUUAAAGCAAUGGGCGGUCUCACGACAAACACUGAGCCCCCCAAAAAAACCGGGAGCGAAGACACCUCAGACAAAAUCGACGACACAGAACUGGAAAAUCUGAGAUUGGAAGCGCUUAAAACAGCAAUUUUGAAUAAAUUCCAACGACGGAAGCGGAAAAAAGUCACACCGGAGACACAACAAGACACAGCAAGUGGAACACUUGAAAACAAAGAGAAUAAUACUCCAAAAGAGGGGCCAAAAACGGCCAAUAACCCCGUCAUUGAUUUAGAGGAGGACGAGGACGUAUUGCGAGCCUCCCUAUUGGCGGGUUUAGCAAAAAAUAUCACAAAUAAGACAGUCAACGAGAUUGUUAAAACAAAACCAUCCCCACCACAACUUCCAAUUCAAAUACAAAAACCAGCGCUUCCGAAACGACCAAUAAAUAAUUUUAAAACAAAUAAAAUCGUUGCUAAACCACUGGUAAAACCGUUAAUCAUAAAUGUCAACGAUUCAGACAGUGAGGAUGAUGUUAAACCGAAACAGGUCACACCACCACAAAAAAAAACAGACUUGAAUGUAAUUACCAGCAAUGUUGAGAAAUUUCUCAAAGAGCAAAGAGCCAAAUUCGAGACGGAAAGUAAAAAACGAUUCCAAGUCGUAAAUAAGAAUAAAAGUAUCUGGGAAAAAUCCGCCGUUAAACUUUUACCGAAAUCGCAACAGCUUGAAUAUCAGCAGUUGCUGAAACGUUUGAGAAAUGCUGAAAAGCGGAAGAGGGCACGAAAAAUCGUGCAAAAGACUGAAACUGUCAAAACUACAGUGCAAAUUGCUGAAAGUGCACCAAAAGCUUCAGUUGAAGUUACAGUCACACCAGUUGAGAUUCAAGUUGAAGUUAAAUCAAACGAAGCCAAGUCAGAUAAUGCCACAAAGGAGCACUCGAGUCUGGAAAGUGACACUGAAAAGCGGAAAACAGACGUCAUAAGCGAACUCACCACUUUGCAGAAAACCCUCAAGGAAAUCAAGAUGCAGAGGAAUGGAAGUUUGCAGAUAAAAAGCAAGUAUCAAGUCCUGACACCGAUUAUUCGAAGAAUAACAGCGACGAGCAACGAUCGAAAAAAACAAGAAAAUCGCAUCAAAACACUUAUGCGUGAAUUGAACGAAGCGAGGAGUAGUUUGUCGAAAUCGCAUGAAAAAUUCUCGUCUCUUGUUAAAGAAUUGGUUGAUAAAAAAGCAAGAAUUGAUAAGAGCUACGACGAAGCGAAGAGUGUUAAAAAAACCGAGAAUGGGAAUAUUAUGAAAUCAGCUCCUGUUACGUCGACUCCAGUCAAAGCACCGGAUGUUACCGAUGAGGCGACAAUUUCGACUUUUGUGAGCAGUUCUACCAACAAUGAUUGCGAGGAUAUGGAUGUGUGUAAUAGCGAUGAGACGGAUGUUUAUCAAAUUGACAUUGUUGAUCCGAAUGAUAUUGAUCAGAUUUUUAAAAGGAAGGCUCCAAUCAAGCCGGCCAUUCCGGAAUAUGUCUCACCUUUAUGCUUUAACAAUUACGAAAGGUAUAGUCAUGUCGAUCCACUUGGUAUAAUGUGUCCAUAUGAAGUGAAUGGGUCGUGUAGGGAUGUCGAUUGUACUUAUAAACAUUAUCUCAAAAACCACGAGAGAUUGUAAGUCGGGUUUUACAUUAUAGAUAUUACAACUUGUGAUUCGUGUAAAUUAGCGUGUAGUGUUCUAAGUACAAAACGUGCCAUAAGUUGAAUACUUAACUCCCACAGGAACAAAAUUUUUAUAACCAAAGUAUUUUUUACGCAUUAUUUCUAUUGUUGUAGAGUUUUUACAAUAAACGUUAUAUUGUUA